CACUUACAAUAAGAUGUGGACAGAUGCCCAGAAAGACCUCGACAUCCAACUCCAGAGAGAAAGAGAAGAGUUCCUCCAGCCAGAGAAGGACUUUGUGAAAGUAUUCAAGAAGUUAGCUGCUUCCUACAUCAAAUACAUGCAAAUCUUCCGUAAGUUGGAGGCGGCACAUGACCACCUUGUUCACCAGCAGAAACGGGCAGUGAUUCGGCAAGUGCUAGAUGGUGUGAUUGGCCGGAUCCUGGAGGUGAAAAGAGAGAUGGUGAAGCUGGAGAACUCGGAGUUUCAAUAUGUUGAUGAUCUCCUGGAAGAUCUAAAGCUUGUCCCGGAAGACAUAGAAGUACCUAUCCCAAAAUAUUUCAUUAAAGAAAAGCUGGAAGACCUGCAGCAGAGGGAGAAAAUCCUUGAUCAGAUUUUGCUUGACAGUGGAUUACAAACAGAGAUACAAGUCAAGGCCAUGACAGUUGAAGAAGCCAUUAGAACGAUCCAGGUUGCAGAACGAGCUCGCCAAGGUCGUUGUCGAGCAGCAUUCAUGAAACAAAUUUACUUUGAAGAGAAGGGAAAAAGACAAACUAAACUUCAGGUCCAAGAGGGUCCAAAUCCAGAUGAUGCUGCCACGUGCAUUCAAAAGGUUUGGCGUGGAUAUAUCCAGCGCAAGAAAACAGAGAAAAUGAGAGAAGAGGAAAUGAUAUUUCUGGGGAUG